AUGAAAAAUUUAUGUGACUUACCAGAUGAUAUACUGUUGAAUAUAAUAUCAAGAGUAUUGUUUAACGACAAUAUUAAUGGUGCCAAUAUAACUAACACUAAUAAUAGUAUUAUAACGUGCUUUGGGCUUCCACGGUCAGCGCCUGCAUCUACUGAUGCAUCGCACCAAACAAUAACCAACUUUUGCUCACCAAGCAGAUAUAAGGUGUCCGAAAUACUUCAACAAAGCAAUUAUAACUGGAGGUUCAGCAGCUAUAAAGUUUCUCAACUACACAAAGACAAAUCGGUUCUUAAUAUAGCAUUAUUGAAUAAAAAAAUCUUUAAAAUCGUCAGUUUAUUAUCAAGUCCAAAUAUGAUUUCCUUUGUUAGAAAUAAAGAAGUUGAAUCACUUUUGAUCAGGAAACAAGAAUUAUCCUCUUUUCAGAAACAAAUACUAUCUUCUCCAAGCUAUUCAAUUUUAUAUUUUCGAUAUUCAAUUACAUGCUUAGAAAUCCCAGUGUGGAUAGAUAUGGAUAGAUAUAAUUUAAUCGACACUUUCCCAAAUGUUAAUUGUCUAAAGUUAUUUGGCAUAAGUAAAAGCAAUAACACCUUCCAGUAUAAUAGCAUGAAAAAAGAUACCAAAAAUAAAUGGAAAUUAAAACAUCUAAAUUUCAUAUGCCAACCAAACCUUUUUGACUUUCUAUUAGCAAAAAUAAAUUACCAAAAUUUUUUGUCUUUAUCCAUAUUAUUUGAUUUUGCUGUAUUGGAAAUUAAUGAUAAUAAUAACAAUAUAGAACUGUUUCUAAAUCACCUUGCAUCCAGUAUAAAUUCAGGCAAUUUACAAAUCUUAACUGUGAUAAAUAGAGCAUCUUUCUUUAUCGGCGAUUUACCUUUUAUUUCAGAUUUUUUGCUCAAAGCCGGCCAUACAACUUUGAAAGAGCUCUCGUUUUACAACUCCACCUCUAAGAAUGAAGCAAUGAGCAAGGAAACUAUGUUAUACAUACAACAUCAUGUAAACGAUCAUUACCCACGAUUUAUGCACAUAAUUUCAAAUUUACCGCAUUUGAAAAAGCUUAGAUUGGAAGAUAAUGUAUUGAAAACGUUAGGGUUACCCAAGGUUCUUGCACAAGCACAUAAUACCUCCUUUACAGAUAACUGUUCAGUAGAAAAUUUAGAGAUAAUAUCUAGAGCAUUUUCAGUUGGUAUCAUUAAACCAUCAUUAUUAAAUGCCCUAAUUCGACUCUUGAUAGCCCAUUUAACAGAGUUCAAUUUCAUAUAUGGCCAAUUUACUGAGUUUGAGACCUUCCAAGUGUCAGAUCUUUGGAACCACGUUAUAAAUGAAGACGAACUCGUAUCUGUUACUCCUACAACUGCUAAUAAUCAUCCUCGUAUUAAACCCUUGCCAAUAUUGAAAAUUUAUUUGGCAUGGCAUAUCAUAAAUGAUUCACAAGAGUUUAUGUUUAAUGAAAGGGCUACUUUGCAAAAACAACAACCUAGUUAUCAACAACACAAUAAUACCAUACCCUGGAUGAAGCAAUGGGAAACCUACCUAUACCUGGGUGAUUCCUAUAAAAACGUUGGAAAUUCUUUCCCAGGGAAUGACUCCGAAAAUACAAUUUCUUUUUGGCAUAGUUGGUGCGAGUUUCAAGAUGCUGAUAGAUAUGCUAUUCAAAGAGUUUCCAGGCUAUUGUAA